CUCAACUUCAUUCUCUCGCCCGUGGUGAGCGCAGCGGGAGUACCGACACAGUACACGUCUACUCUGCGCACUCUAGUAUAAUAAAUUGAAUUAAAAAAAAACAAACAUGAGGGAAAUAGUGCACCUACAGGCUGGACAGUGCGGCAACCAGAUCGGCGCUAAGUUCUGGGAGAUAAUAUCGGAGGAGCACGGUAUCGACCCCGCGGGCGUGUACCGGGGCACCAGCGAUCUGCAGCUGGAGAGGAUCUCCGUCUACUACAAUGAGGCCUCUGUUGCGACGGCGGAGAGCGGCGGCAAGUACGUGCCCCGCGCCAUCCUCCUCGACCUGGAGCCCGGCACAAUGGACGCCGUCCGCUCCGGCGCAUACGGCCAGCUCUUCCGGCCGGACAACUUUGUCUUCGGACAGUCCGGCGCCGGCAACAACUGGGCUAAGGGACACUACACAGAGGGCGCUGAACUCGUCGACGCAGUACUAGAUGUCGUCCGUAAGGAAUGCGAGAACUGCGACUGUCUCCAAGGCUUCCAGCUCACACACUCGCUCGGAGGCGGCACCGGCUCCGGUAUGGGCACACUCCUCAUCUCCAAAAUCAGAGAAGAGUACCCCGACAGAAUCAUGAACACAUACUCAGUCGUGCCAUCACCCAAAGUGUCAGACACAGUCGUAGAACCUUACAAUGCCGUCCUAUCUAUUCAUCAACUAGUCGAAAACACAGAUGAAACGUACUGCAUAGACAACGAAGCCCUCUAUGACAUCUGCUAUAGAACUCUCAAAGUGCCCAACCCGACCUACGGAGACCUGAAUCAUUUGGUUUCUCUCACCAUGUCCGGCGUGACGACGUGUCUGCGGUUCCCUGGGCAGCUGAAUGCGGAUCUCCGCAAGCUGGCCGUCAACAUGGUGCCGUUCCCACGUCUCCACUUCUUCAUGCCGGGCUUCGCGCCGCUCACAUCUCGCGGCAGCCAGCAGUACCGCGCCCUCACCGUGCCAGAGCUCACCCAACAAAUGUUCGACGCCAAGAACAUGAUGGCGGCUUGCGAUCCGCGCCACGGACGGUAUCUCACCGUCGCCGCUAUCUUCCGCGGCCGCAUGUCCAUGAAGGAGGUCGACGAGCAGAUGCUGUCUAUUCAAAACAAGAACAGCAGCUUCUUUGUUGAAUGGAUUCCUAACAACGUGAAGACAGCUGUUUGUGACAUCCCACCUAAAGGUUUGAAGAUGUCUUCAACCUUUAUUGGUAACACCACAGCAAUCCAAGAGCUGUUCAAGAGGAUAUCCGAGCAGUUCACCGCCAUGUUCAGGCGCAAGGCUUUCUUGCACUGGUACACGGGCGAGGGCAUGGACGAGAUGGAGUUCAAUGAAGCGGAGAGCAACGUUAAUGAUUUGGUCUCUGAAUAUCAACAAUACCAGGAUGCCACAGCCGAAGACGACACUGAGUUCGACCAGGAAGACUUGGAGGAGCUGGCGCAGGAUGAACAACACGAUUAGAUUGUAUCAUUUUAUUUAAGAGACUGAGCGGCCUUACUAUGACAAAAUAAACAAAAAAAAAGGCUAUUACGACGCCCUGGGCGUGAGCGAUGCAAUUUUAUAGACAUUGUCUGUUCUAUAUACAUUAACCGUCAAAACAAUUUAACAUGUUUGACAUUAUGAUCUGUCACUUUGACAGAAUAUUGUCUUAAAAAUGCCAUCACAUCGUAGUAAGGGGAUGAAAAAUAUAAAUCCUUUUCCUAUCUGGAAAUAAUCUCACUCAUUUAUCGUCAUUUUUAUAUUUAAAUCAGUUUAGGAGGCUUAUCGGAGUGCAUAUUUCCAAUUUUAUAAAACCAAAGCAGUCCCUUUUGGACCAACGAACAAAAGUUAUAUCAGACUAAUAUAAUACGAUCUCGCACUGUGGUUUGUCAAGUCUUAUUGAUAAAUGAAAAAGUGCAAAAUGAUUUUAUAUAAUAGUAUUAUUCUUAUUCUGUUCUGAAGUGAAUUUUAUUCGAUUGAGAAAUUGAUAAGGAACGUACCAAUUCGUGCAUUUCUUAGCUUAAGUUAUUCUAUGUCUUGUAUGCUUUUAUAUAUUAAUUUAUAAUUAAAUGUUUUAAACGAAA